CCUGGACAGAAUACCAAAUUGAAAGAGUUCUGUUUUCUUUUGUAACCUGUCUAGCUAUGGAGAUCCAAUAUCCAAUAUCCCUCACCAUUUUCCUCAUCACUUUCUCCUUGUUUUGGUUGCUAAAACAAAGCAGGUCCUCAACAAAGCUCCCUCCGGGUCCAUGGAAGCUACCUGUCAUAGGGAAUUUACACAACUUGGUAGGCUCACUACCACACCAUGCUCUCCGAGAACUAGCCAGGAAACAUGGACCUUUCAUGCACCUGCAAUUAGGCGAAGUUUCUCAACUAAUUAUAUCAUCCUCUAGGAUGGCCAGAGAGAUCAUGAAAACACAUGACCGUUGCUUCGCACAGAGGCCUCAACUUCUUGCCACUCAAGUGUUGACUUUUGGUGGCGCAGAUAUUGCCUUUGCUCCAUAUGGAGAUUACUGGAGGCAGAUACGAAAAGUUUGUGUUAUAGAACUUUUAAGCAUUAAGAGGGUUCAGUCUUUUACUUCUAUACGAGAAGAUGAGGUUUGGAACCUUAUUCAGUCUAUUCGCUCAUCUGCAGGGCCAAUCAAUUUUACUGGAAAGCUUUUCUCUUUAACAAGUUCCAUAACAUGUAGAACAGCAUUUGGUCACAAACGCCAGAAUCAAGAUGAAUUUAUAUCGUUGGCAGAGGAAGGAAUAUCAUUGGCAGGAGGAUUUGAUUUAGCUGACCUAUUUCCUUCAAAUAAAUUUGUUCAAAUGUUAAGGUGGAGAGCAGCUAAUAAGAUAGAGAAGGUUCACUGCAAGGCCGACAAUAUUAUGGAAAAUAUCAUCAAUGAACACAAACAGAAGCAGAUGACAGAAAAAAAUGGUCAGGAUGGAACUCAGUGGGAGGAAGAUCUUGUGGAUGUUCUGCUACGAUUUCAGCAAAGUGGCGAUAUUGAAUUUCCACUCACAACCGACAACAUAAAAGCGGUGAUUUGGGACAUUUUUAGUGCUGGAACUGAUACUUCAUCAACAACAAUGGUGUGGGCAAUGUCAGAAAUGAUGAAAAACUCAAGAGUGAUGGAAAAGGCACAAGCUGAGAUAAGAAAACUCUGCCAAGGAAACAAAGGUCUAAUCCACGAGAAAGAUAUUCAGAAAUUGAGCUAUUUGAAGUUGGUGAUCAAAGAAACUCUAAGGCUACACCCUCCUGUUCCAUUAUUACUUCCUAGAGAAUGCAGGGAGGCUUGCAAUAUUGAUGGCUACGAAAUCCCAUUAAAAACCAGAGUCAUCGUGAAUGCGUGGGCGAUUGGAAGAGAUCCAGACUAUUGGAAUGAUGCUGAGAGCUUCACACCAGAGAGGUUUGAUGGAAGUUCCAUUGAUUAUAAGGGCACAGACUUUGAAUAUAUUCCUUUUGGAGCAGGAAGAAGGAUGUGUCCUGGCAUAGCAUUUGGGAUGGCCAAUGUUGAGCUUCCUCUUGCUAAUCUACUCUACCACUUCAACUGGCAACUUCCCAGCGGAAUGCAACCAGAGAAACUGGACAUGACCGAAUCCUUUGGAGUUAGUGUUGGAAAGAAAAACAAUCUAUAUUUGAUUGCCACCCCUUUUACUCCUUCAGUUUAUGAAGAAACAAAGAGUUCUGCGUUUCCAAAGUUUCUAGCCAUGGAGCUCCAAUAUUCAAUAUCCUUAACAAUUUUCCUCAUACUCUUCUCCUCUUUCUGGUUGGUCAAACUACGCAGUUCUGCCAAGAAAACCAAUCCUAAAAUCCUCCUCCCAGGUCCAUGGAAGCUACCUCUUAUAGGGAACUUACACAACUUGGUAGGCUCUCUGCCACACCGUGCUCUUCGAGAACUAGCCAGGAGACAUGGACCUCUCAUGCACCUACAACUCGGACAAGUUUCUCUGGUAAUUGUUUCAUCCCCAAGAAUGGCCUCAGAGAUCUUCAAGACCCAUGAUCUUUCCUUCUCUCAGAGACCACAACUUCUGGCCCCUGAAAUCUUGACCUAUGGUGGCUUGGACGUUGGCUUUUCCCCAUAUGGUGAAUACUGGAGGCAGAUGAGAAAAGUUGCCGUUGUAGAGCUCCUAAGCAUCAAGAGGGUUCAGUCUUUCUCUUCUAUUCGAGAAGAUGAGGUUUGGAAUCUUAUUCAGUCAAUUCAAUCGUCUGAGGGAUUGAUCAAUUUUACUGAAAAGAUUUACUCCUUAACAAGUUCCAUAACAUGUAGAACAGCAUUUGGUAACAAACUCCGAGACCAAAUUGCCUUUGUAUCGUUGGCGGAGGAAGCAAUAUCGUUAGCAGGGGGUUUUGACUUAGCUGAUUCAAGUAAAUUUCUGCGAAUGAUAAGCCGGACUAGAGCUAAGUUAGAGAAGAUUCACAGCGAGGCUGACCGGAUCCUUGAAAGUAUCAUUAGUGAACACAGACAGAACUUGAUUACAGUAAGCAAUAGUGAGGAUCAAAGUCAGAGGGAGGCAGAUCUCGUCGAUGUUCUACUACUAAUUCAGCAAAGUGGCAGCCUCGAAGUUCCUAUCACAACCAACAGUAUAAAAGCUAUGAUUGGGGGCAUUUUUAGUGCUGGAACUGAUAGUUCAUCAACAACAAUGGUGUGGGCAAUGGGAGAAAUGAUGAAAAACCCACAAGUGAUGGAGAAAGCACAAGCUGAGGUAAGAAAACUCUGCCAAGGAAACAAAAGGCUAAUCCAUGAGAAAGAAAUUCAGAAAUUGAGCUAUUUGAAGCUGGUGAUCAAAGAAACUCUAAGGCUACACCCUCCAGCUCCACUGUUACUCCCUAGAGAAUGCAGAGAAGCUUGCAAAAUCGAUGGCUAUGAAAUCCCUCUCAAAACUAGAGUCGUCGUGAAUGCAUGGGGGAUUGGAAGAGAUCCAGAGUAUUGGAAUGAUGCUGAGAGUUUCAUACCGGAGAGAUUUGAUGGAAACUCCAUUGAUUAUAAGGGGACAGACUUUGAAUAUAUUCCUUUUGGAGCAGGAAGAAGAAUAUGUCCUGGCAUAGCAUUUGCAAUGGCAAAUAUAGAACUUCCUCUUGCUAAUCUACUCUACCACUUCAACUGGCAACUUCCCAAUGGAAUACAACCAGAGAAUCUAGACAUGACUGAAACAUUUGGAGCUAGUGCUGGAAUGAAAAACAAUUUGUAUAUGAUGACCACCCCUUUUAGUACUCCUUCACUUUGCUGAAUGAAUAAUAUAUACAAGUACAUAUAUAUAUAUACAUACAUACAUAUAUAUAUAUAUAUGUGUGUAUAUAUAUAUAUAUACGUGUGUAUAAAAUUGAUCUACUACAUUGACAUUGCUAACCUUAUGUUAGACAAUAAUUCCCCCCGUCCCCCUUUUGUUUUCUUGAUAUUUUGUGAUCACUUAUCAUGUCAUGUAGCUAUUAGCUAGUUGACUUCUAAGGGAGCCUCUCCAACAUACACUUUCUGUUUAUGUUUUGUUUUCCCUGUCUGCUUUCUGAUUACUUAGUAGUGGAAAUUAAGAAAUACUAAGUAAAACUGAAAACGAACUUAAAGAAAAGAAUUACAGAUCUCAAAAGACUGUUCUGUAUUGCCGAUGAAGACUUCAGCAUUGUUUAUAAGCCUUCGAAUUUGGUAUAACUGAUUUCCCAUCUGUUAUUGACAAAAUGCACAGCUUUACUUGAAGUUGUAAAAACAGUAGGCUGAAACAACACUGUUUAGAAACCUGAAGUUUAAAACUGUUGGCUUUACGGAUAGCAAAGUGUGAUCUGCAGAGGAAAUAAGUAGAUACAAAUAUAUUGCAGCAGCUGGACACUUCUCACGGCAAGAAGAAGAAAACAGGGGAGGAAGAGUUUGUUUCGAUAGGCUUCAAAGUGUAUAAAGAAUGAGAGUUUUUGACGAGAACUUUUGAAAUGUGUCGAAUUUUGUCAAGAAUUAUCCG